GCACCGGGGCCACUGGGGUGCUCAGACCGGGGGAGCAGUGCAUAACGGCAGUAGUGGAGCAUCCCCGGGUGGGUACGGGAGGACACGGGGAGAUACCAGAGUGACCACCCGGGGUACUGUGAUGCCCGUGUGAAGGUUACUGGGGAUGCUGUGCUGCUCCGGUGAGGGCACCGGGAGCUCCCAGGGUGCCGUGGCGGCGGUACCGGGGGUACCGGGGCGUGCCGCCCUGCCAUUCUCUCCAGCAACCCCUCUCCGGGCGUCUCCCAUUGGCGGAGACGGAUAUUCCCCCCCGGCCCAUGGCCAAUGGGCCGGGGGGGGCGGUGCCUCCCAUUGACAGAACCGGCACGGCGGUGUUUACCGGGGGCGGGGCGGUGGCGGCUAUAAGAACGGCACCGGGGGGCGUGCGGCUCCCGGGCUGCCCGCACCGCCCCCGCGCACCCCCGACCCGCCGCAGAGUCCUCGCACCGCACCCGACCGGAGCAUCCGCCGACUCGACCGGGGAAACCUCUCCAGGCGGUGCGGAGCAUCCUCGCACCGGUACAGAGCAUCACCCGGCCGGUGCGGAGCGUGCCCGUGCUGAACAUCCCCGGGUCGGUGCGGAGCACCCCAGAGGGCCCCCAGACCGGCGCGGAACGUCCCCGAGCCGGUGCCGAACAGCCCCGAGCAUCCCCGAGCCGGCGCGGAGCGUCCCGGAGCACCCCCGGACCGGACCGCUGUUGAGCAUCCCCGAACCGGAGACCGCCGGGCCGGCCCGGAGCAUCGCAGCGGCCGCCGCCCCGGCGGAGCCGCCCCCGCCGUGCGCUCCCGGUCCCCGGCGCGGCCCCCUGCGCCCCGCCCCGCCGCCGCCCGCUCGGCACAAUGGGGGCGGCGCGGCGCGGCGCGUAGCGGCGGGCGGGGAGGCGGCGGCAGCAGGCGGGGAGGAGGACGAGGAGGAGGAGGCGGCGGCGGCGGCGGCGGGGGGGUCCCGGGACCCGGCAUGGUGCAGCGCGGCACACGGGGCCGGGGCGCAGAGGCUCGGCGGGAGCCCUGUGCCUCGCUGCCCACCCGUGACACCGAGCCUGCCUGGUGCAAGACGCCGAGUGGGCACAUCAAGCGGCCCAUGAACGCCUUCAUGGUGUGGUCACAGCACGAGCGGCGCAAGAUCAUGGACCAGUGGCCCGACAUGCACAACGCCGAGAUCUCCAAACGCCUGGGCCGGCGCUGGCAGCUCCUCCACGACUCUGAGAAGAUCCCCUUUGUCAAGGAGGCCGAGCGCCUGCGCCUCAAGCACAUGGCCGACUACCCCGACUACAAGUACCGGCCCCGGAAAAAGGGCAAGGUGGGCACUGGCACGGCCCGCCCGCGGCUCCCGGUGAAGAUCAAACCCUCGGUGCUGGGCCGCGUCUCCGCUGGCCGCAGGCAGCCCGCUAAGCCGCCCGCCAGCCCCGACACCCCGCAGGAGCCUGCGCUGGAGGUGCCAGCUGAGGACAGCCCCAUGGCGCCCGGCACCACCACCUGGCAUGCGGCACCCACUGAGGAGCGUGGCACCGAGGAGCCCCCUGUGGCCCCCCUCCCUGCCAUUGCCUGCCCCGAGCCGGGGAGCUCCCCAGAGAGCGGGUCUCCCUCUCCCAUGUCGGCCAGGUCCCCUCCCUCCUCCUUCAGCUCCUCUGAUGAGGAGCUGGAGGAAGAGCUGCUGGGGGUUCUGCCCGCGCGGGCUCCUGCCAGUGCCGCCUGCGCUGCCCUGGACUGGUCCGUCUUCGACAAGGACCACGACCUGUUCCCGCGGGGAAGCUCCUCGCAUUUCGAGUUCCCGGACUAUUGCACGCCCGAGGUGACGGAGAUGAUAGCGGGGGACUGGCUCAUGUCCAGCAUCUCAGACUUGGUCUUUACCUACUGAGUCCCGCGCUCUGCAGGUAACGCUCUUCUUUUUUUUUUUUUUUUUCCACAAUCAGGUCAUAAAAAACAGAAAAAAACAAAACAAAAAAACAAAACCAACAAAAAAACCCGAAACCAGCUGUUUACAUGCAGGAAUCAGGUAUUUUGCCUUGAAGCCGCUGGAAGGCAGAGCUCCCUGCUCACCCCAUCCCCCUGGCACACACCCACUCCUCGUCUGUCUGUCUGGCCCUCGGGACACGUGGCUGGCUGCCGCGGUUAUUUGGCCGUGAAAUGCGAGUAUCUAAUGGGGUUUUUAUUGUCAGCACCUGGCCCCUUUCCCCCAGCCGUGGCUGCUCCGGCCGCUGCCCUGGGCAGCAGUAGCACCCAUGUCAGCCCCAGCUCUCGGUGCCCGUCCCGCCCUCCCCGUUCCUCGGGAAUGGCCGAUUCCUUUUGCUUUUUGGCUGCAUUUAAAGCCUGUCUUCAAUUUUUUCCUCUUCCUUGUUGCAGCCCUUGGGGAGGGGUCCUCUGCUGUGCUGCAUCUAGGGGUGGCAGAGCCAUGGGGAGCCCUCUCUGCCCAACACCCUGUUUCAUGGGGGUCCCCAGCUUUGGGGGUUCGCUGUCCCACAGGGCUGGCUCUUUCCCUGCGCUUUCCUUGUGGCGCGCGCUGCCCGCCGCUGACUUUGGGAAGAGCAAAGUUGUGCGCACGUGAUGCGCACGUGGAUGCAGAGGCUGUGUUGUUCCUCUCGCCUGGCGGUUGUGCAGCGCCCACCGUGCCGCGGGGGAAGCCCAUGCCUGGAGCCACCCCGAAACCCGCUGGGGGACAAGCCCUUCCCAGAGCAACCUGCCCCUCCUUUAGCCUUGGAGCCGGUGCCCAUGUGGCACCUGCGCUGGGCUGGCUGGCUGUGGCUGGCAGAGCCGGGUCCUACCAUGCGCGACUGCGGCGGGUGACGCUGCCGGGGUGACAAGGCCAGGCCGGGCAAGGAUGCUGUGGGAAAUCUGCCUUAGGCAACCACCCAGGUGGGGCUGAGAGCAGCAGCAACAGCCAGUGCUCGCGGCUGCAUGUGGUGUGGGCGAUGCUCCGGCACGGUGCUGCUCCACGCUGUGCCAUGCUGUGCCCCUGGUUCCGCCAGAAGCGGGGACAUCCCGGCACAGCGCUGCCAAGGAGCUUCCCGGCACGGCAGGUCCUGUCACAGCGGCGCCUCCAGACGGGUUUUUCUUUGCUUUUCCUAAUGGCUCCUUCCUGCACCCAGCUGCCUCCUCCCGCUGCCAGGAGCACGUGGCUGCAGCGCCGGGCGGCAGCAGCCGCAGGGGCAGCACGGGGGUACGGCUGUGCUGGGGGGACCAGCAGCGACCGCAGCCACCCCGCGCUGCUAGCCCUGGGGACAUGGCUGUGGCAGGGAGCUGUACUGGGUCAGCCGGGACUGCUGCUUGCAGCAGCCUCUGAGGUCCCCAUGGCCCUGGUUCUCCAGGGGUUCAGGGUGUGUGGGGACCCCUCUGAGCCUUCCCAGGCAGUGGGGUGCCAGGGGCAGUGGGGCACCUGCGCCCUGGAGCUCUGUGUCCCCAUUUUGGGGCUGCCGGUUCCUCUGGUCACAGGUUGCCCUGUGCCUGCCCGGUGCAGCAGGGCUGGACAGAGCUGUGACCAGGGGAAGGUCUCCCCGCCACUGGGUCCUGGCACCCCGGGGGGGUCAGAGAGGGAGACCUGCCUGGCCCCGCUGCCAGAGGUGCCGUUGGCCUCGGCUCAGCAUGGGGACAGGCACCGUGGUGCAGGGAGAGGUGUGUACCCUGGCCAUUCGCAGGGAUGCUCAGUGUCCCCCAGUCCCGUCCCGGGUGGCCUCAGAGUCCCCUCGAGGCACCUCCCUGUUGCCAGCCAUGGGUUGUAGAUGUGUUGGUGUGUAGCGGUAGCUGCGUGUGUGUGUGUCGGCGUUGCCUUAGCCGCCGUGUUUCAGUAGCCCCGGUGUGGUGCCAGCCUGCGGAGCCAGGCGGGUGUCACGCAUCAGACACAUGUUCCCUGUAUAGAGCGUGUCCCCGUCCCUGCCCCCCCGGCCCGUUCCCCACUGGACCCAACCCCACCCAAGGUGGAAAAGCCAAAUAAGCACCGGGCCAGCCGUGACACCGGCAGCCUGCUCCUGCCUCACUGCCACCCCAGGGGGAACUCUGCUUUCCCAACCUGCGGGCAGCCUCGUGCCAGGAGCGCCCCAAGCCCCCUCCCCUGCUUGAGCUGGAUUUGGGGUUCCUGGGGGGUUCCGCAGCCCCAGGGUUCUCUGACAUGCACAGAUCUCACCCAGCAUCUCGGUGCCUUCUCGGGGUGCACAGCCACCCUGUGCCAUGGCUGGGAGCGCUUGGGAAAUCUGCUGAGGCUGCCGGCCGCCUGCCCUCCGUCCCCAUCCCCGGGGAAGUCAAAGCCCCGAGUACCGGCAGGGCCUGAGGCCAUGGUGAGGGUCUCGCAUCACAUGUGUGUGCUGUCAGUCCUGCAGCUCAGGGCACAUGGGUGACCCAGGGUCCUCUGUGUCACCCAUGGGCUGGGGUGCUCCCUCCAUGGACUGUCAGGCGAAACGUUUCCUCAGGAGCAGGUUCUGGGUCAGCGCCAGAACCAGAGCCAGAGCCGGGGCCCCCCGGCCGCAAGCACAACACCAUCCGCUUCAUCCCCGUCCCCCCUCAUCCCCCUCCUGCCCCCUCCUCGAGACUCGCUGGGUGUGUUUGUCGGGGGAGAACCGUUGUGGACAGUGGUGGAUUUUCUGUGCCGUGUGGUUGUAGUGCUUAGAGACCCCCCCAGCGUGCGGCCCCCUCCCGCUGCGCCCCCACCUCCCCGCUGCCCCGUGCUGGCUGGCAUGCGUGUGCGAGCGUGUGUGCGUGCGCGUGCGACAUCCUGUCAUCACUAGAGACAAAGCUAAUAAUAAUAAUAAUAAUAAAUUAAUAAUAAAAAUAAACCAAACCUCUCUCAGGAAGAAGCUGCCCCGGCGGCGGCCGAGCAGGCCGGGGGUCCCCGGAUCUGGCGGGGCCGCGGUGCAGCCUGCGGACGGGCGCCAGCGCUCGGGGUCACCUUUGUAGUGUUGUGUUAGUGAAGGGUCCUGUAUUUGGUGUCUUGGAGAAAUAGGAUUUAGUGGAGGGGCAGCCCCGGCCCCCGUCCCGUCCCGGGGGGUGCGACGUGGCCAGCGCCGGCUCUGCAAAAGCUCAGUUAUUGGUUAUUCUGACUGUUGUGACUAUGGAAUAAAGUGUGUUGGUCGCUG